ACGUCGAACGCUGGUUGCUCACGGAGAUCAAUGACACUUUACUUUAACAGCGACGACAGUCAUGGGUUAAAUUCAACAGUGCUUUGAAUUUUUUAAUUACGAUCCUCGUAUAAUAUCGCUUACGGAUCUUCUAGACACUUAUGACUUCACUACCAAUAGGUGGCCUCUUCCAAUAUUUUGUAAAUUUAGAGAUCGCUGCCAAAGAAACGUCCGUUAGAAAAAGAGGCAAGUCGAAAUUUUUAUCCAAAGGUAGCGACGUCGACCAACAGACUACAGGAAUGGUUCCUAAAAUCGCUGUCGUUUCAUACGACGAAGAAGAGUUGAGCGAUCGUGAAAAUGGAGGAUCACAUUCCUUGUUGAACGAAUGGACCGAAAGCAGGGAAGAUGAAUCAUUCGAAAAUAAACAUUUAGGCAAACGGAAUGGUGAUAUUUCAUAUUCAUCUUCAUCACACGGACAUUUGAAUGGAGAUAUUUUUAAUGAAAGUUCCGAUCAAUCGAUUCCGUUGCUGCAGGAACAAGGAAUAGAUGAAUUUAAAACUGAAAUAGAGGGAUCCAGUGAUAUAAAUUUAGAGGAAGGAUCCUUUACCAUUGGACUGCAAGUGUUCUUUCCAUUUCUGAUCGCAGGAUUUGGCACUGUUUCAGCUGGAAUUCUUCUCGAUGUUGUUCAGCAUUGGCAGGUUUACAAAGACAUUUCAGAAAUUUUUAUUUUGGUUCCUGCUUUGCUUGGAUUAAAAGGAAAUCUAGAAAUGACAUUAGCAUCAAGACUUUCAACUGCGGCAAAUGUAGGGAACAUGGAUUGUGCAAAACAGCAAUGGAAAUUGAUAGGAGGAAACCUUGCAUUGAUACAGGUUCAGGCUACAGUCGUUGGGGCAUUGGCGGCAUUUGCAGCAGUUGUCAUGGGAUGGGUACUUGAUGGAGAAUUCAACAUUUAUCAUGCCACUCUGCUCUGUGCCAGCAGUUUGGUUACGGCAACACUAGCCAGUUUGAUUCUUGGCUCUGUGAUGGUUGCAGUUGUUCUUUGUUCCAGAAAAUGUAACAUAAAUCCUGACAAUGUAGCCACACCCAUCGCAGCCAGUUUAGGAGAUCUCAUCACACUCGCACUUUUGUCCGCAAUAAGUCGAUUCCUACAUAGUUGUAUUGAUUCUGAAGCUGGCACACAUCACUGGAUAGCACCUGUCAUCUGCUUGGGAUUCUUCCUCAUUCUUCCCCUGUGGGUGUACAUCACACAUCACAAUACCUUCACACAUGACGUGCUCUACACUGGAUGGACCCCUGUGCUUAGUGCAAUGGUUAUUAGCAGCACUGGGGGUCUCAUUCUUGAUUACGCUGUGGAUAGAUACCAUGGAAUCGCAGUCUUCAGUCCAGUGAUGAAUGGUGUUGGAGGUAACUUGGUUGCCGUUCAAGCAAGCCGGCUUUCAACAGGUCUGCACCAGUUAGGCAAACCUGGCGAGGUACAAGAAUCGAGUAAAUUCCGUGGCUGCAUUGAUACAUUUUUUGGCUCAGGAUUGCACGCUCGGACCACUCGCGUGUUGUUGUUUAUGGUUAUUCCUGGAAAUCUGAUAUUUUUGUACACAAUCCGUGUACUGCAGGCAGGACAUACAACUUUAACGCUUUUUUUCGCUUCUGGGUAUCUGCUGGCUGGUCUGAUACAGGUCGCCAUUCUUCUCCUCACUGCUGAUUGGUUGGUUCACUGGAUGUGGAAACGAGGCAAAGAUCCCGACAACUACAGUAUCCCCUACUUGACUGCACUGGGUGACUUACUCGGCACCGGGCUCCUGGCCGUGUCAUUCCAUCUUUUGUGGCUCAUUGGGGACCGCGAUGCUGACGUGGGAGAUUAGCGGGUUCAUCCCACAAAUUGAUAUGUUCCUCGUGUACGCAAAAUUAAAUAUCUUAUUUAAAGAAAGUUAAAGUUUCCCCAGAAACCAUCUAACUUUUAUCGUCGCCAAUACAAUGCAUACACGAAUUUAUGACUAUAAACGCUUUUUGAGAAUCUUAAGGGUAAUCUAACCUUUCUGAGAUUGUCUUCUUGAUAUGUGAGAGAAAUCUUCCGGAGGAUGCAGCUAUUUUGAAUAUUGCUUCGCAGCCUGGCCGCUUACCUGUAACUCGAAGAGGCAUCUUUCAGGAGAACGGAGGCAAGCGCAAAGUGUGAGUGACACGUGUUAUUUUUUUGCGCUACUACUAUCGUGCGUGACUCGCGUUCGCCUAGCGCUCGUCUCUAUUCGUCUGAAAAUACAAAAAGUUUCGCCUGUUCUGCAGGGCUACUUGCCAGUUCUUUUUGCCAUCUCUUUGGGAUCUGUUUGGACUAUCCACAGUUACGCAAAAAUGCAUUCCUGACUCAAUUGAUGAUAUUUUUGCGGUAAUCAUAGAACUUGCUAUGUGUACAACCGGUUUGCUUGGUGGUUUUUAAAAAAGCUGCAUUUGAAGUCAACUUUUCAAUACUUUUGAGGAGAAUUUUUGAACGGUUACAAUCUGUUUUACAAUCGCAAAACGCGGAGAUAUAAAUUAUAUGGUUUCUGAAGCAUACAUGCAUCUCCGCUUAAAUAGUUUUUCCAUAUUUUGUUUGUGUUGUUUGAAUAUGUCAUGUAUUCAUAAACAAUUUUUCAGCGUAAAGCAGGAAGAUGAAUUAGGCAAACGAAAGUUUCAUUUCACCGAAACGUAUUUAACAAACAGUAAGUUAAAAUUCUCACUUUAAAGUAUAAUAUAAAAAUUUACAUUGCAAAGAUUGGUAUUACAAAUUCAAAUAAUUGCUAUCUGUUUACAAUACAUUUUUUACAAUUCUUUACAACGUGGGGUUCCUCUGAAAUCUGAAUAUCAUCCUUUUCAAAAAAGAUGUUAGCUGAAAAAUGAAUCAUGAGUAUUUUUUCAAUUAAGAACAGUUCAUUGCAUCUAUUGGUAAUAUGAAUUGAAGUAAUAUAAUUUGAAAGUCUCUACCUUUUGACUUUUUACCGCUGAAAUUAAAGUAUUUGUGAAGAAUUAUGAAGUCAGGAUUUUGUAAAUCAUUCUGCAAUUUCGUUCUUUCCGUGUUGCACGAUAGAAAACUUCAUAAGUUUUUGUAUUCAUUUAGUUUCCGUAUCAUCACAUUGUGCCAGAAUGGAGGGAGGUACACCCCCAGAGUUCUAAAAUCCUGCUAACGUCAAUUUUUUUUCGCCGAUUCUUUUUUUAUCACUUGCGGGACGGAUUUCGCCGAUAAACGGGUGCUUGAAGUGUCUCGGGAAUGUUUUUGACAGAAGUCCAGGACUUAACUAAAGUUCAGCUCCGCAGAUUUUAUUUGAAUGUAUACUAGCGAGGGCCUUAUCCAUAAACGCAAAAGUUAGAGCCAAUUUCUACAGCAUAAUAAACAAAACCAUAUUUUGGUCCUACUCUGAAGCUUUCGUCUGUCCAUCGAGGCUUCCGCACAAGGGGGCGAGGUCACGUACCCCAUUUGCCUGGUUGAACCGUCCAAUGCAGUAUUUCUUUUUCAAGGAAGAAUUUCGUUCUGAUCGUGGUAAAGUUGUACAUAAGGUAACUACCACGUUAAUGGUCGAGGCGUGUGGAGAACUACGUUAAGUUUAGCUUAGGACCAUGUUGCAUCGACAACUUUCUUGAUUCAAAUAACUAAGUUUAACGCGAUUGCUUUCUUCAGUAGGUUCGUAAAUGAACUAAGGAAAAUUUCUGACGACCUACUGAUCAGGUUAUCAGUGUUUUAUUUUCAUAUUUUUUUACAACAGGAAUAAGGCUAAUUUCCUCAUUGACAGCAAGAGGAAAUACAAUUGCUAUAAACGAAUUCAAUUUUUUGUCCACGAUAAGCGGGUGAAACAAAAUAAACCAAAAUAUGGUCAA